AGUCUUGCAGAGAUCCUGACCCAAGGAAUUUUUGGAGGGAGCAAGGCUGCUGUGGGUCUCUCUCAGCUGCGGGGAGUGAAGUGGUCACUUCCUCAGUGGCUGACACGGCCUCUCUCUCUCUGCCUAGGUUCUCGCACAUGAUCCAGGACAAGCCCCUUCGCACCUCCUGGGAGCAGAAGAUGAAGGAGCGGCACGAGAGGAAGCUUGUCAAGGACCUGGCGCGGCAGCUGCAGGAGGGAAAGCAGAGGGAGCGAGAGGAAAAGAAGCGGAGGCGGGAGGAGAACCUGAAACGGCGCCUGGAGAACGAACGAAAAGCAGAGAUCGUCCAAGUGAUCCGGAACCCGCUGAAGCUCAAGCGGGCGAAAAAGAAACAGCUGCGGCGGGUAGAGAAGCGGGACACGCUGACUCUGCUCCAAAAGGCGCCCGUGCAGCGCAAAGCGGCAGCAGAAUGAGACUGAUGCCUGAGGAGAGGGUGCUGGGCUGGGGAGAGGGUGCUGGGCUGCAGGACCGACACACUGUCCUGGCUUCAGCCAGCCUGCUGCUCUGCCAGGCCCAGGCAGCUGGGGUUUCUGCAAAUCUUGCUCCUCUCUGGAGCUCCAGGGAUGUUUCCUUGGCUCUGUGGGCAGGAGAUGCUGCCCGGGCCCUCGGCAUCAGAUGGAGAGCUGGGUUACACAGUGGAGUGACCAUCAGAACAGGCUGCCGGAUCCUUCCUUCCCUGCAAAGUCGGGGUGUUGCUGACAGCCUGGGACAGGGCCGGAUCUUGUCUCUCACUGGAAUGAGAACUGCUUCUGCUGCCCAAAUCUGUCUUGCCUUUUAAAAAGGGCGUGUGAAGGGAUUUGAACUCGCCUCUAAGGGCUUGGGGUGGGGGGAGUCUGGCAUCUCCAGGACAAGCUGCUGCUCAGGGCCUUCACUCUGCUGGGGACUGAGUGAUCUCUGGACUGGAGAUCUUCCUGGGGAUGCCGAGCACCAAGGCCUUUGUUAAGGAGGAGUCUUGCCCUGCUGGAGCUGGUUGUGUGGGGUGGAAGUGGGAAGUGGGUUUAUCCUUGCUGUGGUACAGACCUCAUGGAAGGGGAAAGUACAGUUCACAUCAGACUCCUGUUGUAUUUCUCCUGGGAGUGCUGGGGGGAGCUGGAGCAUCUCUGCAGGGCAG